UCCAUGGGUCCAACAUCUCUCAAAAAGACUGAGAAUCAAUCCAACAAUUCCGAGCAGAUAUCAAUAGCAGAUCAUACUGCUCCUGAGGCGAACAAACGCACUUUACAGCCACAAGAUACUAGGAAAGAGAUGACAGUAAAUACUAACAGAGGGACAGAGCUUGGCUCCAACAGAAACCAAACAGAGCAGCUGAAAACACCAAGUUCGGGUGGACACUCAAGGAAGCAACGACGUUAUCGCACCACUUUUACUAACUUCCAGCUGGAACAACUGGAGAGGGCUUUCUGCAAAUCCCAUUAUCCAGACAUUUUUGCCAGAGAAGAACUGGCUACGCAUCUAACUUUAACAGAGGCAAGAGUUCAGGUUUGGUUUCAGAACCGCAGAGCCAAGUGGCGCAAGAAGGAGAAGGCUGGAGUGUUGAGCUCCCUCCCUGGGCUACCUUUAACCAACUCCCUGGGCGUUUACCUGGAUGUCCCCUUGCACCAGGCCUCUUUGGUGGAGCCAUCCUGGGGGGGAGCCCGAUACACAGCCUCAGUGUAUGCGCCUGACUCUGUUGGAAACCUGGGUAUUAACACUCUGGCCUGGGCCUCACUGUGUGGACAUCCUUUUAUCCAUCCUAACUUCAGCAGGUUUUUAACCCUGUUAAAUCCAUUGGGUAACACUCCAACCUUGAUGACCAAACCUACCAGAAUAUCCCAGGCCAGCCCAGGUGCCAUGCUGGACAAUGACAGGAGGCUACUUAGCACUGGCCACAACAAGGAGCACUCUGUCCACAUGCAGUAGUCCAACACAUUGCUGGACAUUGUCCUGUCCACCUUGUCCAUGCCUGGUUACAAUUUGUGCAAUGUUUUGUUCACGUAU